AUGCCCAACUCCUCUAAAGAUCAGGCUACCAUUCAACAAGCCUUGGAAUGUGCUCGAAACUCAGAAGAUGGCACUGUGGACCCUCAAACUUCUGCUAUCCUUGAAGCUGCCAUCACUGAUCUUUGGAAUCGAAUUCAAGAUCAACCAGAUACAUAUAUACUUAGUUGGGAUGAGUUUCCUCUCUUCAAUUAUUUUAUGGAACGGUUUCGAGGCCGUGAUGUGGCCCAACGGGCUGUGGCUCGAUUCUGGAGCUGUAACCAUGGCCCUUCCAAAACAGCCUGUCAGAAAUAG